AUGCUGCAGCAAGAUCUCCUAGACACCCUGUUCUUGAAUCGAAAGGCUCUGGCGGACGUUGGAGGGACGGAGACUGGGGCAGCAACGAGCGCCACAGAGGGAGGCAACAACGCGGCGGUGGUGACGGCGACGACAGCUCUCACGAUGAACAAGGACAUUGGCGGCCCAGACGCCACCGGCGGGGAAAAGUGCCCCGUCGACCACCGGAGUAGAGAGGCUUGGAUGGCACAGGCGAAAGCUGCACAGAAGGCACAGGAGAUCCAGGACACACAGACACAACCUCAGACAUCACCGACCUCGAAACCUACGAGUUCGACAUGGCAGUGGCCACGGAUACCAUUCCUCUCCUCUAAGACAUCAUCAACAGACCAACAACUACCAUCAUCACCACAACAACCACAUCAGCAACAGCCACAACGGCCAGGCGGCCCCCUCGGCACCGACCGCGUCGUCUCCACGAUCCCGCGCUCCCACUCGGCCGGCGCCACAAGCAGCGCGUGCCCCGUGAACCACGAGACGGAGACGGGCGCCGACGCCAAGACGGGCAACUGGGUGUACCCGAGCGAGAAGAUGUUCUUCGACGCCAUGAAGCGCAAGGGCCACGACACGCGCGCCCAGGACAUGAAGACGGUCGUGCCCAUCCACAACGCCGUCAACGAGCGGGCCUGGAAGGAGAUCCGCGAGUGGGAGCGGCCCUAUGCGUCCUCCACUUGCCCCCAAGGACCCAUGCUCUACUCCUUCACCGGCCUCAGCACGACAAUGUCCCCCAAGGCCCGCCUCAACACCCUCCUCGGCUACACCGCCCCCUUCGACAGGCACGACUGGGUCGUCGACCGCUGCGGCACAAAGGUCGAGUACGUCAUCGACUUCUACGCCGGCCGGCCUGAUGCCGCGAGGGCCGGGGGCAAGCCGAGUUUCUACCUGGACGUGAGGCCGAAACUCAAUACCUGGGAGGGCAUCAAGAUGAGGGCCAGUAGGGCCGUUGGGUUGUAG